AUGCAGCACCACGACUCUGCCCCUAAUGCCCCCAGCGGCCCCCGCCUACAGACGAGCUUUCAGAAGCAAAUGAAUGGUGGACAUACUGGCUUCUCUCAUGGAGCUUUUCAUACCAACCAGCCAGGUUAUGCUGAUAGGCACCCCGAGAGGUCCAACAUCCCUUCGAUCAAUACCGGCAGGCUUGCUCCCAACUCUCAAAAUGGUGCGGACUUGCAGACUCCCGGGACCGGAUUCGACAUGAACUUCACUCCCUUGCUCCCAUCGCAGCUGUUGCUAGGUAGCCCCUUUCAACCAGGUUCUCCCUCUGCCUUUGCCUCGCCACAGUACCAGAACUUCGCCAAUUUUGCCGGCCAGAAUCAAUCACAGCAACAUCAGAACCAACCCAACCAGAUGGGUAGCCCCGUGUUGCAGCAGCCACUUUCGCCUCAACUUUACCAGAACCUUGUGUCCCCCACCAGCAUGAACGGUCCAGGCUUCUUUGCUGGACCUCAAUCCCCCACUGGAGGUUUCUCGGGAUACGGUUCCCAGGGUCUCGGAGGGAUUGGCUCGUCUAUGCCAAUUGCUCCUGGCUUGGUAUCUGGCACAAGCAGGACUGUGUACUUGGGCAACAUUCCCCCUGAGACUUCUGCCGAGGAGAUUCUUGGUCACGUCAGGAGCGGCCAGAUUGAGUCCGUCAGGCUCCUUCCUGACAAGAACUGUGCCUUCAUUUCCUUCCUUGAUAGCAGCUCUGCUACCCAUUUCCAUUCAGAUGCUAUCUUGAAGAAGCUAUCCAUUCGUGGACAAGACAUCAAGAUCGGAUGGGGAAAGCCAUCCCAAGUCCCUACGUCUGUAGCUCUUGCCGUGCAGCAGUCGGGUGCUUCCCGCAAUGUCUAUCUCGGUAAUUUGCCAGAGGAUGUUUCGGAGGAUGAGCUUCGCGAGGACUUGAGCAAGUUUGGCCCCAUUGACACCGUCAAAAUCGUAAGGGAGAAGGCAAUUGGUUUCGUUCACUUCUUGUCGAUUGGCAAUGCUAUCAAGGCUGUUGCACAGCUUCCUCAAGAGCCAAAAUGGCAGGCGCCUAGGAGAGUAUACUACGGUAAGGACCGAUGUGCUUACGUCUCGAAGACACAGCAACAGAACGCCGCGCAGUAUCUUGGAAUCGCUCCAGGAUAUGCCCAUGUCCUCAACGGAGCGGACCGCGACUUGAUCUCUAAUGCUCUUGCUCAGCAGUCUGUUGCAGCUGCUGCCGUAGCAACUUCAGCUGGAGGCGUGAACAACUUGGGUAACAGGACUGUUUACCUUGGCAAUAUUCAUCCUGAGACGACUAUCGAGGAGAUUUGCAACGUGGUUCGCGGUGGAUUGCUCCACCAUAUUCGUUACAUUCCAGACAAGCACAUCUGCUUUGUUACUUUUAUCGACCCCACUUCCGCUGCUUCGUUCUACGCCCUCAGCAACCUUCAGGGACUCAUGAUCCAUAAUCGUCGCCUAAAGAUUGGUUGGGGCAAGCACUCUGGUGCUUUGCCUCCUGCCAUUGCUUUGGCUGUCAGCGGCGGAGCCUCUCGCAAUGUCUACAUCGGCAACCUCGACGAAUCAUGGACGGAGGAGCGCUUGAGGCAGGAUUUCUCUGAAUACGGCGAAAUUGAACUCGUUAACACUCUCCGCGAGAAGAGCUGUGCCUUUGUGAACUUCACGAACAUUGCAAAUGCCAUCAAGGCCAUCGAGGCUAUUCGUGGACGUGAGGAGUACAAGCGAUUCAAGGUGAACUUCGGCAAAGACCGAUGUGGUAACCCUCCUCGUCAGAUCAACUCAAACCAGGGCCAGAGCCAGCAGGCCGGCAGUGACGGUGUUCAAUCACCAUCGCCAAUCAGUGGCCUACAACCCAACCGUGGUCAACCCGGUCCUUCAGUUUCACCUACAGGCUCUGGCGCUCCUGGAUCAGGCGGAAGCACCAACGGCCAAUUCCCAAGCAUCCAGGCUCCCACACCAUCCAACAUUCUGAACACUGGAAACAACAACCCGUUGAUGAUGUAUCUCCAGGCCCAACAAAACCAGCAGCAACAGAAUGAUAACAUGCAGCAACAACCCCAGCAACAGCAGCCACAGCAGUCGCAACAAGCCUACCCCUCGCCGCAGGCCGCAUUCUACAGUGCCGACAUGAACACCCCGCCGCCGGCUCACCAAUCUCACACCGCCCAUAACAGCACGUCCAGUUUCAGCCUGAUCAAUGGCUCCUCGAACGGAACAGGUGCUACUACGGUCGGUGGUCUGCUAGCUCCGACCAACCUCAAUGCUCGUGCUCAACAUUCACGUGCUGUGAGCCUUCCCGUCUUUACUCAAGGACCAUUCACCCAACCAAUUCAACAAUCGCAAGCACCCCAGCAAAACUCGUUCGGUAGCCUGAGCUCUGGAAUUGGUGGGUUCGGUAGCGGAAAUGGAGGCUACGGUUUGGCGAUCCAAGGUGACGGUGGUCUUCCAGGCUGGGCCGAAGAGGAAGUUGGUGCCCAGUAG